CGUGAACGAACACAUGCGCGGGAGGACAAGACUGUUUUGGUGGAAGCUGCGGUCGACUACUUGAAGCUUGGGCACAGGACUUGUAUUAAGUCGUGGCAGAGGACUUUGUGGAAACUGUGGCUGAGGGACCGGUGCAGCUGUGGCCAUAAAGGAAUUCACGGUCGUUGUCAAUACCUUUAAUGGACGCCGUUGUGGAUCAUAAGCUAGCAGCAGAACUCGCAGAAAUAAAACGUGUGUUGCGACGAAAGGAACGGAAGCUUAAGAAGUACAAUCAAGUACUUGGAGCAAAGAAGCACGUGCGAGAAACACUGAGAAGACACAAUGGAGCAAGUGAUUCACAGAAUAAUUCAAGCAGUGAUCCUGAGAAAAAUAUUACAGAGGAAGUAGAGAUCAAGUCCAGUGGUUCAAGAACAGUCACAUUUAGUAAUGAUUCCCCAAAAGUUAUUUUUGUUUCUCCAACCCCAUAUCUUGAGAGUAAAAGAAAAGACAAAAAUCACAAACAUUAUAGAUCGUUGUCAUCUCGGAGAUCUAAUUCUCAGGAUAGAAAGAAAUUUGAAAAGGAAUCAUGUGCCAAGGACGACCAGGCAGGAGUACCUUCAACGGAAGCUAAUCAUGAAAAUGAAUUUCCAAACAGAAACAAUGACAAACAAUUUGAAAAAACUCCAAUAGUCAGUGAUCUGACAAACAAUAAUGAUUCACCCAAGAUAUGUAACACUAGUUUUGGCAGUUCUUCCAUUGGUGCUUUUUCUGAAAUUAAUACUUUAAAGAACAAUGGGGAUAAACUUUCUCUUCCUAAACAAGUUGCUUUGGUUUCUGGUGAUAAAGGAACAGUUCAAAAUAAACUAUCUAUCUGUGAAGUAACUGAAUCAAAGGUUUCUGGAAAGGAAUGCAGUGAUGGUCUGUCAGAAUUUCCUCACUAUAAUGAAACACACUAUCCUUCUAAUUCCCACAGUGAGCCAGAGGUAACAAGCUUCAAGAAUUUUAGUCAAGCUCAAGACUCUCGACAACCACUACAUCACAGCACACCCAAUGACAAGAGUAUAAAUUGGUUUGAAAAUGAAAGCUGUUUGCCUAAGCCGUCACCAGAAAAAAAUGACAACACUUCAAGCAUUACACAUAUUUUGUUUGAAAAUGUUUCUCAAAACUGUACAAAUUCUGUGAUUAGUAGAAAAGAUAAUCAAGAGCUUCAGGUAGAAAGAAUGUUAAGUUUUAAAGAUUCCAGUUCGCAGAACGAAGUGGGGUCACAGGAUCUCUUUGAAACGCAGCUCCACACUCGGUCUGAAAAUAUUGAGAUAAAACGAAGUUGUGCAUCUCAUAGAAAGUGGUGGAAAAAUCACAGAACUACGCAGAGUAGUUCAGAAGGUUCAGGAAGUGUGACCAGUGACAAAGGUGAACCCAGCAAAAGACUGACUGGAAUUAUUGACCAAAAUUGUGUCAGUCAAGUGAGCAUUAAUGAGCCGCUCACAAAAAUAGACAUGCAGGAAGACCAUAAUACCAGAAUGCACCAAACAGAAGAACUUAUGAUAAAGGAGAUUGAACAAGAAAUGAUGAAGGAAUUUAUAAGUGAAAUUUCUGAAAAAGAAGUGAGUACAAACUGUGAAAUUUCUAAAGAAAUUGCAGAAGGCAAGGAAAGAAUAAAAAUGAACAGAAAGAGCAAUUUUCAUACUUCUGAGGUGAUACAUAAAGUGAGACAUAAAGAUGAGGUGCAGAACAAAUUAAUUAGAGUUUUAGACGAGUCUGAAAAUUUGAACAAAUGUAAAUUUCUAAAUAAUUGUAUUGAUGAUCUAAAUAAAGGCUCAAUCCAAAAAACUGUGCCUGAUGAACUUUUUGAAGAUAACAUUGAUGUUUUUGUUCAUGAAGCUUCUUGCCUAGAGAACAGUGAACAGCAAAACAGACAUUCUAAUACUGCCAAAGAAUGUGAUGCAUUAAAGGAGAAAGGAAGACUUAAGGUAAUUCCUCAAGAGCACUGUAAUAAAGAGAAUUUACCAGUAGGUAAUGUAAUUGCUCAGAAAAAUUGCCUUGAAAACGUAGUGAGAAGUAACAAAGAUAGAGAUAUCCUUUGUGUAAAUGAAGCAAAUGUGCAUUCUGAAUAUACAUAUCAAGAUGAAACAUUUAUUAAUGAUACAAAACAUGAACCACAUAACUUUAUUAAUAAAGAAAAUGUGAGGCUGCAUACUCUGUCAGUCAGUGAGAAGUAUGGGAGAAUUCUAACAUCAUCUCUGGUAACCUUACCUGAUGGUAAUGAAAACAAAAUAAAUAUCCUCACCGUACAUGAAUGUGGCUUUAUUCUUUGGAGUGCAAGUAGAAAAGGAAGGUGGUUAAGGGCAAGAUCAGAAAGUCAUCCAGUAGAUCUGCAGUCCAGUUUUGGAAAGCCAGCUUCAAGCAGAGUAGGUUUACAAGAGAUCUGGGAAGAAUUAAGUGAAGUUUCUCACCAAGUUGGAAGAGCAUCAGAUAUAAGGAAUAUUGUAGCAGUGGGACUGCCAUCAGAUGACGAAACCAGAUACUUGGUAGCCAUAACUACAACUACCGAAGCAGACUUGCGGUUACUCUGCAUACUUUUUAGCCCAAGUGACAAGUCGUUGGUCAUAGAAUCUGGACUCGGCCUUUCUUUUUGCAGUACAUCCAAGAAUUUGUUUGCCUGUGCACUUGGAGAAUGGUGCAUUGCUAUUUAUUGGAACACCAUUGAACCUUCCAGUUCAGCGUGCUUUUUAGUAGUGGAUUUGGAUGUGACAUUUUCCAAACGUAACAAACAGUGGGCGCUACAGUGUUGUUCUUCACUGCGUUCACAAAUUCUGGAUAGACCUCUAGAUUGUCUUGUAGCUCUUAAUCAACCAGAUCCCAAGGGAGUUGUGUUGUGCACAGCAGGGAACAUCCUAUAUAUAUAUGAUGCUAUAGAAAAUACCAUCUUGCAGCAAAUUAAGUGGGAGGCUAUACCACCAUCUUGGACCUUAGCAUCUCAAGAGUUGGUGUUUCUCAUAAGCAUGGACAUCGAUGGUGGGAAGAUGCACUUGACAGUUCUGAAUCCUGUAAGUGGCAUACAAGAAACCUUCACCGAGACAUUUCCUGAUGACUUAAGAUUACAUGAGAGCAACACUGAAGACGCCUCAUUAAAACCGUGCGGAACUGUUAGACUAACUUGUGCUUGUUUUCAGGCAUAUGGUCUUGUCCUUGUGUUAGACAAUGGAGUUGUAGUUCAUGUGCCCUUUGAUGCUUUUAAAUGUAAAAUGGAACCUGUGAAAAUGGAAGAUGUACAGUACAGAUGAUAUAUUUUAAUUUUUGUAUAUAAGAGUAAGUAAAUAUUAUAGUUCAGCUUGCAGUGAAUGUAUAUGGUUCUUAUAUUGCAGAAAAACGCAUCGGUGAUAUUUUUAUUGAAAGCACUAACGUUUAGAUUGAGAAAUACGCUAUCAUAAAUCAUAUAAUAAAUUCGGCAUCAGCAACUUAAUAUGUGCAGCUUUAAAAUGGGCAUGUUAGUUUCUGUUGUUGGGGACAAGAAUCUUAUACUUAAGAUUAUCUAGGUCCCCCUUGGCCGACUACUGACCUUCCCUAGAAUACAACUCGUCAAUUGUGUAACUCAUGGGUAACUAUUGUUACCGCCACCUAUCCUAAUCCUCAGUCAUUCGUUUAAAUCCACCUAGAUGGGAUCCAAGACACCAUGGAGGACAUAGAUAUGGAAAUAUUUAUAAAAAAAGCUAUAUUCCUAAGAAAAAAAGUAAGGCGAGUGGUUCCAAGCAAGUACAAUAAAUAAACUGUGGUGCUACAAAAUAAUAGUCUGGGCUGCUUAUCGGCAUAUGUAAAGACAAUGCAGAUGUCUUCCAAUAGUAGAUUAAACUGUAAGAUAAGAAACCUAGACUUUGGUUACAUUUCAGCCUAUACAUUAGUUAGCCCCUAGUACCACAACAUACAUCUGUACUCCUAGACAAAGUGCACUCGGCAGCAAUAGGACUAAAAGACAAUACCUAUAUAUGGGAAGUGCAGUGGGGGAAUAAAACUUUGGUUGGGCUACAACUAGCCAAGACAAUCCAAUUGCAGAUAUCUUUCAAUAAUAGACCUAACUGGAAGGUAAUUCACACAUGGUUGAACUGCAGGGAGAAAAUACACUAGGUAAUCCUUCAAUCAAUAACCUACUGGUCUAUUCCUAGCCAAAGUACAGAGUCAGUAUUAUGGGACACUGCCUAUAUCAGGACAUGGACCUUUAGGCUGGAUGUGAGACCACUGCACAUUAGAGAAAACCUAACUUAGCCUAAACAUAAGCUAAUCUUAAUAAUGUUCAGAGCAGGUCCAUCUAUACCUAAGUCAGGCAGCUAUUGACUGCUUUAGCCAGGACCCAGGCCACAGGACAUCACUUUCAUCCAGCUCUCCCAUUGGCUGGCAAUGUUGCUAGUCGUGGCGCCACUGGAGAAACAGGCCACAGGGUGGUUCGGUUAUUUGAAGAGUUAGCAUGUGAAAGGGGUGGCAGACCUCCACCAUUCCUAACAGUUUGUAACUGCUAGAUGAAACGAGACCUGGUUGAUGGGGUUCUGGGAGUUCUUCUAUUCCCCAAGCCCGGCCCGAAGCCAGGCUUGGCUUGUGAGAAUUUGGUCCACCAGGCUGUUGCUUGGAGUGGCCCGCAGGCCCACAU